AAAAAACGGGGGGAAAUGUCCUGGUGGCCGCGCGGUGAGGAGGGGGAGGACAACCACCAUCCUGACACUGAUUCGGAUGUUGCAGAGCACAGAGAUGGUGGGAAAGUGAAAGUAAAGUGGACACAAGAGGAGGAUGACAAGCUGAAGACACUGGUUCAAAAUCUGGGACAGUAUGAUUGGAAGAAUGUGGCUUUCCACAUGGAAAAUCGCACUGAACACCAAUGUCAACACCGUUGGUUCAAGGUUUUGGAUCCCGAACUAAUUAAAGGUCCUUGGACCAAAGAAGAAGAUGACAAGGUCAUAGAGCUUGUAAAUCUCUAUGGUAACAAACAAUGGGCAGUGGUAGCCAAGCAUCUGAAAGGUAGAGUGGGGAAGCAGUGUAGAGAGCGUUGGCACAACCACCUCAACCCCUCUGUGAAGAAAUCUUCAUGGACGGCCGAGGAGGACCUCAUCAUCUAUAAGGCUCAUUCUCUUCUUGGAAAUCGCUGGGCUGAGAUUGCAAAACUACUUCCAGGAAGGACUGAUAAUGCUGUGAAGAAUCACUGGAAUUCAACAAUUAAGCGCAAAGUAGAAAUGGGCUUCUACGCAAGAGAAAAUUUGACACCAAGUGAGCUGGAGGAGCUACUAACCCAUGUCAAAGAUAUGCAGAUUCCCGGUUGCUCACAAGAGCAAGCUGACCUGGAUUCAGCACAAGACACACAUCCCUCAGAAACGUCAGACAUAAACACUCUCAAUGGUGGUGACGAGGCAGUUCCUACCCAGCCCGUUCCCUCUCCAAAAGAAAGUUCAAGUCCCAUGUCAGAGGCAGAAUACACAGGAGAGAUUAAUUCAACAAACUGGAUUGUGGACAGCUUUCUCUUCCCCAAGGGGCCAACGUUGAAGGAGGUCCUGGAAAUGGUGGACUCCGAUGGCUGGUGUAACUUAGCAGCAUUUGACUUGCCUGAAGAGAACCCAAGCUCAGAACGCCACCAGUUCCGCCUUGAAGGCAGCACCCUGCAGGAAUUGAGCAGGGGCAGCAAAGGAGAACUCAUACCAAUCUCUCCAGGUGGAGUUACGCCUCCAUCCAUACUGAGUCAUCGAAGUCGGAGACACUUGUCUCCUGAUACUAAUAGCUUAAAGACGCCGAAGAGCACACCGGUAAAGAUCUUGCCCUUUUCACCCUCUCAAUUCCUGAACAUGUGGACGAAGCAGGACACUCAUGACCUGGAGAACCCAUCACUCACAUCCACACCAGUGUGCAGUCAAAAAGCCAUUGUUACCACACCUCUACAGAGGGACAAGACCCCCAUCAAUUUAAAGAAAAUAUCUGUAUUUGUUACACCCAACCGCAAGACCGAGCUCUGCACAAUGCCACGCACACCAACACCGUUCAAAAAUGCCAUGGAGAAGUACGGCCCUUUGCAGCCUCUGCCCCAGAGUCCAAACCUUGAGGAAGACAUAAAGGAAGUGAUCCUAAGGGAUGUGGGGAUUGACUUGGCGCUUGAACUUCCACCUGAUCCCGAGCAAAGAUACAAAACAAUGCAUCGCCCUCCAAUGAAGAAAGUACGAAAGUCAUUAGCACUUGAUGACUGCCAAGUGAUUCCCAAGUCCAAACGCAAAUCUAAGACUGAACCUAAAAAGGGAAUGAAGGAAGAACCUAUGACUGUUCACAUAAGCUCGUCAUUUUGUCGUAAACCCCAUGAAAAUAUUUUGGAUCAGGGAUUCCUUUUAGGACCAAGUGACAAUGCUAUUUUUCCUAGUGUGGUGCCCCCAAUUCUGAAAUCCAAAGAAUGGGAGACAGUUGCAUAUGGACAAACAAAAGAUCAGCUCAUUAUGACAGAGAAAGCAAAGCGUUUCCUGAGAUCCUUAAAAUCCCACACGCCAAACAGACCUCUGGUGUUGUCCUGA